GUUACCCGCCUUUCCGUCCUCUUCUUCCUCUUCUUUUCUUCCUUCCUUCUCAGUCUUUGUCUCUCUUUUCUCUCUAGUUCUUCACUCUCAUCACUCUCUCUCUCUCUCCGUCUCUCUGUGACUGUUUCUAGGGUUUCGCCCCCUCCGAUGCCAUGGACAACAACCACUCAACGACGACGUUCCGGCCUCACAGGCCGCCGGAGCUCCACCGCCGAUUCUACCCUCCGUCGAAUUCCCGCCCUUUCCCCAACAACCGACACAAUUUCGCGGGGAAUCCCCACCGCCACCGCCCCUCGCUGCCUGAUUUCAUGGUCGAGCUCUUCCGCGACCAGCGCGGGGGAGGCCCGGUCCCCGACGUCAAGGCUCUGGCCGACCAAUGCAAGUCGGCGCCGGAGAGCUUUAAGACUUACCGGUCCGGUGCCCUAACCGGGGCUCUCCUCUUCCGCCAGUGGGCCGGCGCGCUCGAGGCCGUCGUCUCGCUUUGGGAGUCGCGGCUUGACGGCGCUCACAGCCUUGUUCCGAGGUAUAAUUCUGUUGUUGUUGUACCGGCCAAUCUCCAGGAGCUCGAGGACCGGCUCGUUGCACUUUUCGCGGAGCGAAUUCGGAGGUUGAUGGAGGGAGAAGAGGUGAAGAAGUGGAAUGAGAAGCGUGAUCGUGUUCUGGUGGAGCUUGGGAAGGUCUCGAAGUUGCUUACGAAACCGAAGAAUGUUAGGGUGUUCAAUGAGUUGAAAGACAAGGAAAGAGGGCUUACUUGCGAGAAAGAUUUGAUGGAGAGGAGAGUCAAGGAAUUCAAGUCUGCCAUGAAUUGUAUUCUCGCUUAUCUGGAAAAGAAGAGUUUGGAGGAGUUUGGCGAGGAUGGUUUACAGGUUCUCAGCUUUGAUGGGAAGUUCAAUUGGAGUCUGAUUCAUUCCAUGAUUUUGCGGGAAUGUCGUCGGCUCGAAGAUGGUUUGCCCAUUUACGCUUAUCGGCAGGAAAUACUUCAGCAGAUUCAUAGCCAACAGAUAAUGGUUUUGAUCGGGGAGACGGGUUCUGGAAAAAGCACACAAUUGGUGCAAUUUCUUGCUGAUUCAGGAAUUGCUGCUGAUGAGGCCAUUGUUUGUACUCAGCCUCGUAAAAUUGCUGCCUCGUCACUUGCAAAUAGGGUCAGGGAAGAAAGUACUGGUUGUUAUGGAGAUCCUUCUGUUGCUUGUUACCCAAAUAUUUCUUCUUCCGAGCAGUUUGACUCUAAGGUAAUAUACACGACAGACCACUGCUUACUGCAGCACUACAUGGCUGAUAACAACAUGUCAAAGAUUUCAUGCAUUAUAGUGGAUGAGGCACAUGAAAGGAGCUUGAACACUGAUCUCCUUUUGGCAUUGGUCAAAAGUUUACUGCGUAAGAGGUUUGAUUUGCGACUUAUUAUAAUGUCUGCAACGGCUGAUGCACACCAACUCUCAGAUUACUUUUAUGGGUGUGGGAUCUUUCAUGUGGUGGGGAGAAACUUUCCAGUUGAGAUUAGAUAUGUCCCAUGUAACACAGAAGGAACUUCUGGUCUUGUUGCCUCAUAUGUGUCUAAUGUGGUUAAGAUUGCAGGAGACAUACACAGAACAGAAAAAGAAGGGGCCAUUCUAGCAUUUUUGACUUCUCAGCAUGAAGUAGAAUGGGCGUGUGAGAAGUUUGAAGCUCCUGCUGCAGUUGCAUUGCCACUGCAUGGAAAACUUUCUUUUGAGGAGCAAUUUCAUGUUUUCGAGAACUAUCCUGGAAAACGGAAAGUUAUAUUUGCCACAAAUCUUGCUGAGACGUCGCUGACAAUUCCUGGGGUUAAGUAUGUGAUUGAUUCUGGCAUGGUCAAAGAAAGCAAGUAUGAACCUUCCAGUGGAAUGAAUGUCCUCAAAGUAAGCAGGAUCAAUAAGAGUUCUGCUAAUCAACGAGCUGGCCGAGCUGGAAGAACGGAGUCUGGAAGGUGUUAUAGACUAUACUUGGAAUCUGAUUUUGAGGCGAUGCAUCCAAGCCAGGAACCUGAGAUUCGGAGAGUCCAUCUUGGCAUUGCUGUUCUGAGAAUUUUUGCUUUGGGUAUCAAGAAUGUAGAGGAUUUUGAUUUUGUUGAUGCGCCUAGUGCUGAAGCGAUUAAUAUGGCUGUUAGAAAUCUUGUUCAGUUGACUGUUGUUAAAUCAAGCAAUGGUGUUUUUGAAUUAACUGAAGUGGGCUGGCGGUUGGUGAAAAUGGGGAUUGAGCCUCGACUUGGUAAACUGAUUCUUGGUUGCUUUGACCAUCGGUUGGGAAGAGAGGGCCUUGUACUUGCUGCUGUUAUGGCAAAUGCUAGUAGCAUAUUUUUCAGAGUUGGGACUGAUGAAGAAAAACUGAAAUCUGAUUCUCUUAAGGUGAAAUUUUGCCAUCAAGAUGGUGACCUCUUUACACUUCUAUCUGUAUACAAGGAGUGGGAAGCGGUGCCUAGAGAGAAGAAAAACAGGUGGUGUUUGGAAAACAGCAUCAAUGCGAAGACCAUGCGGAGAUGCCACGACACUGUUGUAGAAUUGGAAUCUUGCCUCGAACGCGAACUUAGGGUUAUCAUCCCAUGUUAUUGGCGUUGGAAUUCCAACAGAUCAACUGAUGCUGAUAGAUCUUUGAAAAAGGUUAUACUCUCUUCCCUAUCCGAAAAUGUAGCUAUGUACUCCGGCAAUGAGCAGCUUGGCUAUGAAGUGGGAAUAACUGGUCAACAUGUUCUGCUGCAUCCCUCAUGUUCACUUCUUGUAUACAGCCAAAAGCCUAGUUGGGUAGUUUUCAGUGAGCUUCUAUCAAUCACCUGCCAGUAUUUGGUCUGUGUUAGUUCCAUCGAUUUUGAAUCUUUAUCCACUCUUUACCCUCCUCCCUUGUUUGACGCAUCUAAGAUGGAAGAACGCAAAUUGCAAAUGAAGGUGUUGACUGAUUUUGGUGGCACCAUGCUUAAAAGAUUUUGUGGGAAGGGCAAUAGUAAUCUGCUCUGUCUUGUAUCUCGUAUUCGUGAAGCAUGCAUGGAUGCGCGUAUUGGCAUUAGAGUCAAUGUUGAUCAGAGUGAGAUUGCAUUGAUAGCCACUUCACAAGAUAUGGAAAGAGUUGUAAAAUUUGUAAAUCAUGCCUUGGCGUUUGAAUGGAAAGGGAUGCUUAAUGAAUGCUUGGAGAAAUGCUUGUAUCAUGGAUCAGGUAUACCAUCUGUAGCGUUAUUUGGAGCUGGUGCUGAGAUCAAGCAUUUGGAACUUCAAAAGAGGUGUUUAAGUUUUGACUUGUAUUAUUCAAAUGAUAAUUCCAUGAAUCACAUGGAAGAGAACGAGCUUUUGCUGUUCAUUGAGAAGUUUUUUUGUGGUAGCAUUUGUGCUUUUCACAAGUUCACACCCUUGGGUCACAAAAGUGAUGACAAAGAAAAGUUGGGGAGGAUAACAUUUCUAUCACCUAAUGCAGCUCAAAAAGCUACUGAGCUGAAUCAAGUAGAAUAUAAUGGAUUCUUACUAAAGCUCAUUCCUUCACAGCCAGCCUUUGGAGGAGAUCAUAGAAUGUUCACUUUCCCUGCUGUUAGGGCUAAAGUCCAAUGGCCUCAUAGGCAGAGUAGGGGGUCGGCAAUUGUUAAAUGUGACGCAAAUGAUGUUGGUGCCUUGGUUAAUGAUUUUUCUUACCUGAUAAUUGGAGGUAAGUAUGUCCGUUGUGAAGCUAGUAAGAAGAGUGUGGAUUCUGUUGUGAUUAGUGGACUUGACAAAGAGUUGUCUGAAGCUGAAAUCUUUGAUGUAUUAAAGGGUGCUACGAGCAAGAGAAUCCUGGAUCAUUUCCUUCUAAGGGGGGAUGCUGUAGAAUCUCUGAAUAUUGAUGUUUGUGGAGAAACACUUCUCAAAGAAAUUGCUCCAUUUAUGCCUAAAAAGAACCACCAUAGUACUUCUUGCAGGGUGCAAGUCUACCCACCGGAGCCAAAGGAUGCUUUUAUGAGAGCACUUGUUACCUUUGAUGGGAGAUUACAUUUAGAGGCUGCAAAAGCUUUGGAGCAAAUAGAUGGCAAAGUGUUGCCUGGGUUUCGCUCAUGGCAAAAGAUAAAGUGCCAGCAGUUAUUUCAUAGCUCUAUCUCAUGCUCUGUGGCCGUCUAUUUUGUGAUCAAGAAACAGUUAGAUUCCUUAAUGCAAAGCGUUAUGCGUAUAAAAGGUGUAGAGUGCAGUCUAGAGCGAAAUGCUAAUGGUUCUUACAGGGUAAAGAUAUCUGCCACUGCUACAAAAACUGUUGCGGAGUUGAGAAGACGUGUAGAGGAGCUUAUGAAAGGGAAGACCAUAGACCACAAGAGCCUCACUCCAACUGUUAUGCGGCUUCUGUUCUCCAGGGAUGGCAUCAGUCUUAUGCAUGCGCUACAACGAGAGACGGAAACUCACAUUUUCUUUGACAGGCAUAGCAUGAACGUACGUAUCUGUGGUUCUCCUAACAAGGUUGCUGUGGCCCAGCAGAAAUUGAUCGACUCCCUUCUAGCCCUCCAUGAAAGCAAGCAACUUGAAAUCCAUCUUCGUGGAAGAACUCUACCUCCUAAUUUGAUGAAAGAAGUGGUUAGCAACUUUGGACCCGAUCUCCGUGGACUUAAAGAGAAGGUACCUGGGGCUGAUUUUACUCUAAAUGCUCGCAGACAUGUCAUAAUUAUGAACGGUGACAUAGAGUUGAAGCCAAAAGUAGAAGAGAUAAUCUACGGGGUUGCACAGUUGAGAGAUGGUUCUGCUGAGAGAUUUGAUAGUGAAGUAAGUUGCCCAAUAUGCUUGUGUGACAUUGAGGAUGCUUACCAGCUUGAAGGCUGUGCGCACAAGUUCUGUAGAUUUUGCUUGUUAGAGCAGUGCGAUUCUACGAUAAAAAACCAAGAUAGUUUCCCACUUUGCUGUGCCUAUAAAGAUUGUGGGUCUCCUAUUUUGGUCACAGAUCUACGGUCUCUCUUGUCAAGUGAGAAGCUAGAGGAGCUCUUUAGGGCAUCAUUGGGGGCAUUUGUUGCAUCUAGUGGGGGAACUUACAGGUUUUGCCCGUCUCCUGACUGCCCUUCCAUUUAUCGGGUGGCUGAUCCUGGAACUGCAGGAGAACCAUUUGUUUGUGGUUCUUGUUAUGUAGAGACUUGUACUAGGUGUCAUUUGGAGUAUCAUCCUUACUUGUCAUGCGAGAGGUACCGGGAGUUCAAGGAAGACCCGGAUUCAUCCCUGAAUGAGUGGCGGAGAGGAAAAGACAACGUGAAGAACUGCCUACUCUGUGGACAUACAAUUGAAAAGAUAGAUGGCUGCAAUCAUAUAGAGUGUCGAUGCGGAAAACAUAUUUGCUGGGUCUGCUUGGAGGUUUUCGGAAGCAGUGAUGAGUGCUACAACCAUCUAAGGAAUGUGCACAUGGCAAUUAUUUGAGCUUGACGAGAAAUUAUCUAAAUUGGAGCGUUUGAGUCAUAUUUAUCAUUGUAUAUAUAGCAAAACUUCUUAAUAGGGUUAUAUUUACACAUGUAUUAUAGGUAGGUGUUUCAGCAAAUGAUUUGUACAUAUUACUGAUUUACCACCUAUUUAAUCUUCCCGUUAACACAGAGCUCUCUUUAGUCUUGUGUAUAAACUGCAGGGCUUCUCUGUACAUGUGUUUUAACACAAGUCCUAUUGAAGUAGUCUCUCGCUCUCUGUCGUUACUUAUGAAUAAGAUACUGCAUUGUAUGCAAUUAGUAGAUAAUACCAGAAAAGUGCUUGGAGCUCGGAAUA